ACAAGGACACAGUGGGGAAGUCAACUAGUAAUCUUCAAGACAGAUUAUUCAGGUCAAUCUUCUCAACUUUUACAUUAAAUCCACACAAGCCAACAAUGGUUGGCCUGAGAAGUUUGUUUCUUGAAUUCACAGAAACAUAUGUUGCCUGAUUUCUUUAAACUCAAUUCUAUUUUACACAUCAAUUUUUGCCCAUCCAAUUGAUUCAAAAAUGGGAACUUCAACAACAGCAAGUGUUUUUUGUUGGACUCUCUUCUAUCUUUGUUCUCUACUCUGCCAUGCUGCAAACAACAUCAUCACUCAGGGCCAACUCAUUAGAGAUGGUGAAACCAUUCUCUCUGCUAGCCAAAAUUUUGUUCUUGGCUUUUUUUCUCCUGGAAAUUCAACAUACCGGUAUGUUGGAAUUUGGUACUACAAAAUUCCUAUACAAUCUAUCGUAUGGGUUGCAAACAGAAACAAUCCCAUUUCAGGAAAAAAUGGAUCUUUAAAAAUUGGAAACAAAAGUAAUCUGUUGGUUUUAGAUGGAAAUGGGAAUUCAGUUUGGUCUAGUAAUGCCUCGGCGAUAUCAAAUGAUGUUACUGCAAUUCUGAUGGAUACUGGUAAUCUUGUUCUGUCAAGCAGUGACAGUGUUGAUGAUCUAAACAAGGCCUUGUGGCAGAGCUUCAAUGAGCCCACCGAUACAUUCCUACCGGGCAUGACGGUCUACAUGAAUGUCAGGGCCGGAGAGACUCGUGUUUUCACUAGUUGGACAAGUGAUAACGAUCCUUCGCUUGGACGAUACUCAAUGGGCGUUGAUCCUCAGGGAUCACCACAGAUAGUGAUAUGGGAUGGGCUAAAUCGACAUUGGAGAAGUGGGCAUUGGAAUGGACUAAUAUUUACCGGUGUUCCAACCAUGAGGGCUAUCUAUUUGUAUGGUUUUAAGCUUUUCAAUGAGGGAAAUGGUAGCUUGUAUUUUACAUAUACCUCUUCAAACAGUUCUGAUCCGUUGAGGUUUCGGAUUGGUUGGGAUGGAAAUGAAGCACAACUUUGGUGGGAUGAUGGUAAAAAAGAAUGGAGGAUUAUGCAAUUGCAACCUGCUAAUGAAUGUGAAGUGUAUAACAAAUGUGGCAAUUUUGGGAAAUGUAAUGUGAUGGACUCUACAAUUUGUAGUUGUAUGAAAGGGUUUGUACCCAAAAAUGUGGAUCAAUGGGAUAGUGGAAAUUGGUCUGGUGGGUGUGUUAGAAAGACACAGUUACAGUGUGGGACAAAUGGAGAAGAAGACGGGUUUGUGAAGAUUGAGGGCGUGAAGUUACCGGACUAUGCAGACUUGAUGGUGGCACAGGACAUUGGGGAUUGUGGAGAGAAAUGCUCGAAGAAUUGUUCAUGUCACGCCUACACAUUUGCAAUUGGAAUCAGCUGUAUGAUAUGGAGAGGGGAUUUGGUAGAUAUUCAGCAUUUUGAAGAAGGUGGGAGCGAUCUGUACGUUCGCCUUGCUAGUUCUGAUUUGAUUAGCAAAAGAAAAUUUUCCAAGCUUGUGAUAAUAGUACACGUGCUAAUGGGAACAUUCUUCAUCAGUAUAUCUAUUUGGCUACUUUGGAGGUUCAGAGCAAAACUGAAAGCACUCUCAAAUUUAUGGUGGAAGAAAAAUCAAUUACCAACAAUUGAUGCGAGAAGAAGUAGAGAUUUUUCAAGGGAUAAUUCAGGGCCAGAUGAGCUUGGCAUCGAAGGGCAGCAACGUACUGGACCAGAAUUAUCAUUGUUCAGCUUUAGCGAUGUAGCAGCCGCUACAGACAACUUUUCUGAAGAAAACAAGCUUGGGAAAGGGGGGUUUGGCCCCGUUUACAAGGGAAACUUAUAUGAGGGAGAAGAAAUAGCUGUGAAGAGGCUUUCAAGAAAGUCGGGACAAGGUUUGGAGGAGUUCAAAAAUGAGAUUAUACUAAUUGCAAAAUUGCAGCACAGAAAUCUUGUUCGACUUUUGGGCUGCUGCAUAGAAGGUGAAGAAAGGAUGCUGAUCUACGAAUACAUGCCAAACAAAAGCUUGGAUUCAUUUAUUUUCGCAGAUCCGAUUAAGCGAGCACUGUUAGAUUGGAGAAAACGCUUUACAAUUGUUGAAGGGAUUGCACGUGGGCUCCUUUACCUUCACCGAGAUUCAAGACUUAGGAUAAUUCACAGAGAUUUAAAAGCUAGCAACAUUUUGUUAGAUGAAGAGAUGAUCCCAAAAAUUUCUGAUUUUGGCAUGGCCAAAAUUUUUGGAAGAAAUGAAAGUGAAGCUAGUACAAGCCGAGUUGUUGGCACAUAUGGUUAUAUGGCUCCCGAAUAUGCAAUGGAUGGUCUAUUUUCUGUGAAAUCUGAUGUCUAUAGUUUUGGAGUAUUGCUCCUAGAGAUUGUAAGUGGCAGACGAAACAAUAGUUUUCGCUCAUCCGAAUACCCAAACAUUAUUGGAUAUGCAUGGGAUCUAUGGGAAGGUGAUAGAGCAAUGGAGCUGAUUGACCCAUCUAUUGAAAGUUCAUGUUGCCAAAAUGAAGUGUUGAGGUGCAUACAUGUAGCAAUGUUAUGUGUGCAAGACUCGGCAAUUCAUAGGCCAACCAUGUCAUCUCUGGUGUUGACGUUGGAGAGUGAAAAUGCAACAUUGCCAAUGCCUAGACAACCCACCUUCACUUCAAUGAGGAGCUCUGGUGACAUAGAUAUGUGGAAGGACAACCAAGAAAUAGCUUCCCCAAAUGAUCUUACAAUUAGUGUCAUUCUUGGCAGAUAAUCUGAUUUUACCCUCCCUCCAAACAAGAGGAAUGUUUUUUUGGUAUUUCUAAUGACCAAAUUUGAUGAAUCUUUGUUUUAUAUAUCUCAUAUUUUAAGGGUUUUUUUUUUUUUUUUGUGUGUGCGUGCGCGCGCUUGAGCGCC